AGAAUCCGCUAUCCUUUGCAUCGCUUUGGAGUAACCAGGAUCAUCGAGAGGGUUCUGUAGUGGCAGGAUAGCUAUUCUCGUUGGAUUAAAUACAUCAAAUUCUUUGACAUUUUUAUUACACAUAAUACAUAGAUGUUUAUUUGGUGGCAGCAUAUAUUUCUCAUGUAGGGAUUUUGUCAUUGACACAUGCCGCUGUUGCAUUUCUGCACAGCUCAGCUCUAUGUGUGAGCCGUCGGUCUGUCAUUGAAGUAUCUACAGUUUAUAGCCAGUAAUAAAACACAUCUUCCUUGACCCACCGAUCUGAUUUCUGGACUCUCAUCAUUGCAUUCAAGAGAUGGACGAAGAAUAUCAAAUACCUGAGGAUCUCUCACUGGAAGAGAGGGAUGAGCUGUCAAACAUCCGGCGGAGGAAGAGAGAGCUGCUGGAUGAUAUUGAGCGCUUGAAGUUUGAGAUAGCUGAAGUCAUGACUGAGAUCGAGCAACUAACGUGUGUAGGAGAGAGCAAAAUGACACAGAGGAACAAACAGAUUGCCAUGGGGAGGAAGAAAUUCAACAUGGAUCCUAAGAAGGGGAUCCAGUUUCUCCUGGAAAACAACCUUCUGCAGCACACCCCAGAAGACAUCUCUCAGUUCCUCUACAAGGGUGAGGGCCUGAACAAGACUGUCAUCGGAGAUUACUUAGGGGAGCGAGAUGAGUUUAACCUCGAUGUACUACAGGCAUUCGUAGAGCUUCAUGAGUUUGCUGACCUCAACCUCGUCCAGGCCUUAAGGCAGUUCCUGUGGAGUUUUCGUCUACCUGGUGAGGCUCAGAAAAUUGACCGGAUGAUGGAGGCGUUUGCCUCGCGGUACUGCGGCUGUAACCCUGGGGUGUUCCAGUCAACAGACACCUGUUAUGUGCUGUCGUUUGCCAUCAUUAUGUUGAACACCAGCCUGCACAACCCCAAUGUCAGAGACAAGCCCUCUGUAGAGAGAUUCAUCUCCAUGAACAGAGGUAUCAAUGAGGGAGGAGACCUGCCAGAGGAACUACUCAGGAAUUUAUUUGACAGCAUAAAAAAUGAGCCCUUCAAAAUCCCAGAGGACGAUGGCAAUGAUCUGACACAUACAUUCUUCAACCCUGACAGAGAAGGAUGGCUACUGAAAUUAGGUGGAAGAGUGAAGACCUGGAAGAGACGGUGGUUCAUUCUGACUGACAACUGCCUGUACUACUUUGAAUACACAACGGACAAGGAACCUCGUGGGAUCAUUCCUUUGGAGAACCUCAGUAUAAGAGAGGUGGAUGAGCCCAGGAAACCUAACUGUUUCGAGCUCUACAACCCCAACCACAAGGGUUUGUUGAUCAAGGCGUGUAAGACUGAGGCGGACGGCCGGGUCGUCGAGGGCAACCACACAGUGUACAGGAUAUCAGCGCCCACCACAGAGGAGAAGGAGGAGUGGAUCAAAUCCAUCAAAGCAAGCAUCAGCAGGGAUCCUUUCUAUGACAUGCUGGCAACCAGGAAGCGGAGAAUAGCCAAUAAGAAGUGAGGAGGAGUGCCUGGCCACAUCCUCCCCAUCAUCAGUGACACCAGCAUAGACCCCAGUCUGUCCAGGAGACCUCUUUCACUCAGCCCAGGGACAGGACACAUGGCUGCGCGGCCACGGCAGAGACCAGGGUAAGGGGAUCCAGAUGUCGUGGGGAAUUGACUUUGGAUGCUACACCUCUCCACUUCAUCAGCAUGGAUAAAGGACAAGAUGGGGAAGGGCACUUGAUAUUUUGGUCAUCAGUUUCUUUUCAAAUAUAUAUGCCAUUUAGCAGACGCUUUUAUCCAAAGCGACUUACAGUCAUGUGUGCAUACAUUCUACGUAUGGGUGGUCCCGGGAAUCGAACCCUGGCGUUACAAGCGCCAUGCUCUACCAACUGUGCUACAGAAGGACAUGUUGUAUGUGUGAAUACAAUUCACACAACUGUAAAUUCUAUGAAGUGUGAAUGUACAGUAUUGAGGACACAAUGAGAAAUCGCAUGGUCUGUGCUUACCCAAUGUCCCCACACAGACUGAGCUUUCGUCAGCCACAUCAGCAUGCUCAAAGAAACAUGGAUAUUGUUGCCCUCUAGUGGGUGAGUUGAGUGAUUUCAAUGUCAGAAGACCCUAAAUUUAUGAAUCGGCUGGUCUGAUUUUCCACCCCUGAAACGAUUGACACUAAUACAAUAGGGAUGUUUUUUUUUUUUUUUUUUCAAUUUCUGUUUAACAAUGAGAUGCCCAUGCCAGAUAGAUAUCUCUAUGGUGAAGGAUGCAUUUUGUCUUAGAGCUAUAAUACAUUGUCAUGUUUGUGGGACAGUUUUCUAAAGCUAGUUUAUGUAUUGAUUCAAAGUCCACCGCUAUAAAUCUUUUUUUUCUCUCCAUAUUUUCUCUAAUUACAAAAAUGUUUUUUUCAUCUUUACAUUGUGUGUACACUGUACAUGUUUAUAAUUUGUGUUUCUGUAGCAUGUAAAAGUUGUAUGGCUAGCCUAUACCUGCUUAAAGUUGAGCAUUUAAGAGUACAUACUGCAGUGGAAGAAACCCUGAAAUCCAACUCCUCAGAGCAAAUGGAGGGAAAAAAAGAUUCUUCAUAUUUCUAAGGUAAACAGAAAAUGACGUAACAGCCAAGCCAGCUGGGUUUCACAUGGGAAGGUGACAAGGUGAAACAACUCCUCACUUGGGGCUCUGACUCUAGUUCAGCGUCAUGAUUGAAAUUUAAAGGCAACGUUCCUGCGUUAGUGGUGACUGCAUGUACGGUGAACACGUAUAUCGGCUCAAUCGGAAAUGACCUUUUCCAUUUCUAUCGUGCAAUCUGUAACACUUCAGUAAUCCAGACUGAAGAGCGCCUCAAGGUUUGGAUCUACAACGCCCCAGGGUGAGACUGACAGAUCCAAGUUGGGUAAAAGUUCACAUGAUUCUCAGCGUUGCAGGAGCCUUUGAACUGUUGAGGAUUUUAAACAAGAUAAAAUGUUCAGAUAUUCUCCUGUGUCACUGACAUGUACCCACGUCCUGGUUUGAACUCCCUCACUGUCAUUGUGUAACCUGGAAACAAUAAGAAAAAUGACCUUAAGACUGUUGAAACACUCUGGAUUCAAGGCUAACAGUCGUAUCUGACGAUCUUAAAAGCAAUCAAUUAAACAAUCGCUCAUAUGCUAAAUCUUUUACCAAAAUUCAGAGAACGGACUUCAUCUGUCCAAUACAAAGGCGGACACUAUUCCCAUCGGUGUGUACAUGCCCAGUCAAUCAACAGCUUUCUCUCCAACAAUGUGUGUAAACAAAGUAAGAUGAGUUACUUUGACAUUAGCAAAUGUAUUUACGCCUUUUUAUAUACCCUGUACAAUGUAUACAUUUGACAUGCUUAUUGUAGAACUAAAAAUAUGUUAACAUGA